AUGGCGGACGAAAAGUAUCUUGAGUUUCUCCUGCUAAAAAGAUCUAGCGUCUUUUCGAAAGGAAUUACGAAGUCAAGCUUUUCGUCUUUAUCUUUCCAGAAGAACAGAAAAAGAAGAAGAAUAUAUAAAUUGUUGAUAAUUGCAUCCGUGCUAGCUUGUAAUACUAUAGAGCGAAGAUUCUGGACAUUGGCACGCACAGAUCAAUGGUUUCAGAUCGUGGAAACUGCAUUCACAGACAAGGAGUGGUACGAUAACUUUCGUGUUUCCAAAACAACAUUUGAUUACAUUGUUUCACAGAUUGAAGACGAAAUUGGUCGUCAGGAUACUUCAAUGCGUAAAGCCAUCUUCCCAAGGAAGAGAACAGCCAUAACACUUUAUUACAUGAGCUCCACAGCGGAAUACCGGACAAUAGCAAACUUAUUUGGGGUAUCAAAGUCGUUUGUUUGUCUUUGCAUAAAAGAUGUUUGCAAAGCAAUAACAAAAAAGCUGAAAAAAGAUUUCUUGUCAAUACCAAAGGGAGAAGAUUUGAUUGAAGUCAUGAAGCUCUACAAGGAGAAAUGGGGAUUUCCCUCAUGUGCAGGUGCUAUAGAUGGCACCCACAUUCCAAUACAAGCUCCUCUGGAAAAUCGUACUGAUUAUAUAAAUAGGAAAUCUUAUCACAGUAUAGUGCUGCAGGCAAUGGUGGACUCAAAGUACUUAUUUCGAGAUGUGGUCAUUGGUUGGCCAGGCAGCGUCCAUGACGCAAGAGUGCUUUCUAAUUCAGAAAUUUAUAAUCGUGGAUGUAACGGAGAUCUUUUUGAUCCCAAUAUCAAAGAAACAAUACUCGGUAUUGAUAUUGCUCCUGUUAUUCUUGGCGACCCUGCUUACCCUCUCUUGGACUGGCUAAUAAAAGCUUACCCAGAAAAUCAAAACACACCCAACUGGCAGAGGCACUUUAAUUAUAGGCUUAGCAGAGCACGUAUGACUGUAGAGGACACAUUUGGUAGAUGGAAAGGACGUUUUCGACGAGUUCAUAAGCGUGUUGAUAUGGCUGUUGACUCCACAUGUUACCUUGUGGUUGCUUCAUGCAUCCUUCAUAACAUCUGUGAAUUAAAGAGGGAUGCCUUUUUAGAAGAAUGGCUCGAGGAUAUACAGAAUGCUGUUGAACAGCCCGACAUCAUCCCAUUGGCAAUUAUCGAAAGACAGACUGAAACAGAUGCCGCCAACAUUCGAGAUGCCCUUGCACUAUUCUUUAGGACACCAGAGGGCCGACAUAUUGGAAGGGGUGGUGAAUAA